AUGGCCUUGCCAACACGGCGGCUGAAGCUGGUGCUGGUGCUGCUGGUGCUGCUGGUGCUGCUGGGAACUGGCAUCGCGAACGUUGAUUCGGCGCUUGUAAAGUCAGAGCCAUUCGACACGAGCAGCUCGGUGGCAUGCAUUUUGUCCGUGUCCGUUGCUCGGACUGGGAGCACGGCGCUGUCCAAGUCUCUACAGCAUCUGCCCAACCAGUUUAGCAUCCUCGAACCUUAUCAUGCCUGGCGAGCCCUUUCCGUCUCAGAUAUCCAGACUCGAUCCAUUCCAAGCUACUCGGACCUUUUCAGCUGUGCUACCUUCCGGACGCGACCCGGCUCCAUCCUCUGGGCCUAUCCGUGCCGUUAUGCCAAUCUGCUCGGCUGCAACACUUCCAACGUUGACGAAUCCUCAUGUCGGCGCUGUUUCCACGGUGUGUGCUCCCCUCUCCUAUCCUGUUGA